GAGAGACAGCAUUUGUGAGCACAGGAGAAAGCACUCUCCUUUCACUCACGAGUGAAAGACCUCCAGUGAGAUCUCCAGAGGAACGGCCAUCAGCCACGGACUGGUCCGGUGCCACCAGGCUCUGGGUGAGAAUCUCUUCAAGCACUUCCAGCAGGGAGAGUGCCAAAUCCCUCCUGCCUUUCUGUUCAGGAAAGCUGCUUUAUAUUCAACAACCCAAAGCGAGACAGAGGAGAAGUUCCAUUGUCUGGGUGCUGAGUGCAGAAGAAAGAGAUGGAAACAGACAUGCCCUCAACUCCCCCACUCUCUUCAGCAAAGAAAAAGCCUCAAGAUCCAUGGAGGGGGAAAAAUGAAGAAAUCCUGGAAGGCUUUGAGUGGCACAGUGGGGUGGUGGUCUCCAGAGGACUGUGGAUCUGGAGCAAGCCUUUCAUCCUGAAAGGAAAGUCUGAGAAGGAGGUGGCUGUAUUCCUUUUGGACACAGAAGGGACCAUGGAUGUUGCUGGAGACAAGGAGAAUGGUGUGAAGAUCUCUACCCUGAGCAUGCUGUUUAGUUCUUACCUCAUCUUGAAUGUGAACGAGAAGUUGCGCGAACCUGAUCUGGAGUACCUGGAGAUGACCCUGGACCUUAUGAAAGAUGCAUUUCCAGAGGACGUGCAGAAUCUGCACCUGGAUCUCAUGAUGAGAGACUGGCACAACUGGCAUGAGUGCAGUGAGGAGCACGGGAAGAAAUAUCUGAAGGAUACAGUUAAGAAAUGGAUCCUGAAUUCAAAGCUUGUUUUUUGAAGUACAUCAAUCUUCUCCAUUCAAAAGCUAAAGAACAUACAAAAUCAAAGAUGAAGUGUAGAGAGUUGGCGAAACUCAUAAAGGAAAUUGCCAGUAUCAUAAAGAAUACAAGUUACAACAUUUCUUCUCCUGCGGAGAUGAGUAAAGUAAUUUUAGAGCUGCAGAAAAGAAGAUUCAUCGAUGAUUUUUGUGAAUGGAGGAAGAUGAAGAUAUCCCAGACGAUCUAUUUGGGUUUCUAUUUCACAAGACCCAGCAAAUUGAAAAGUCAAUUUGAAGAGGAAUUUGAGAACAGGAGUAAGAAAGUGAAGAUAAAUGAAGAAACCCAAAACCAUAUAAAGAUA